AUGCAAUAAUUGAGUAGCAUAUCUUUAACAAGCGAACUUUAAUCAGAAACAGUGUAGAAGGAGUUGAGAGGAGCAACUUACGACCCUCUCAAUCAAACUCUAAUCGCAGUCAUGCACACAGAAAAAACUAACCGAGGUUCCCUGCUCAUGCAAGUACAAGACAAUAUAACCAAUGAAGAGCAAAAAACCUCAGCUUAGUCAGAAGAAAUGAAAUCCAAAGAACAUUCGACAUCCAAAUUAAGGAGUUUAGCAUCAGUCAAGAGCGAAAUACGAGUGGUAGAAAGCGAAGCCAACCCGAUAGGCUUGCCUUCUUAUCUGCAACCUUUUUGCUUAACAGAUCCAAGAACCAGUGGAAAGCAGGUGUAUACCACCGACACGUAUCAUGAGCCCGACUGUUUCACUGCCCUGGCCAAGGCUUAGAAUUAGUAUGCACGAACGAAUAAAGCCUUCAGCGAAGGAGUACACUACUGGGAAAUCAUAUGUCCUAUAAGUUGUUCUACCCUCCGUAAGUACCCUUGGCUUAUCAUUACCCAUUAACCAAUUAUAUCAUUCAACCAUUCAGCAAUCUUCGCUGAAUUCCUUCUUCGCUUAACCACAACCCCUAGAACUAUCGGUUUGGAACUAAACCUAGAUAAACUUACAAUUAACUUCUGGAUCAAUGGAAGAUUCAGUAAAGAAAGAGCCAAGAAGAUUUCUGCUAACCAUUCUUGGUAUCCCACAAUAAAGUUUAAGGAAGCUGAGUACUUCGUGAUAAUCAAUCCUUUUGCUCAAGGCAAGAGUGAUCAGCUUGAUGAACUAAACUCUAACUAUCUUCCAAAUGUAUAAUCCUUCACUCACUUAUACCACUUAUAGACAUUGAGGAGUAGUGAAAUCUAGCUAUUCAAUCAGUAUAUAACUCAAAGAUUAAGUGGAUUUCUGCUAGUAUACAACCUUAAUAUCCUGAUCAAGGAAGACAUAGUUGAUACUGAAAAUGAUCUUAAAAAGGCCCUUCAUUUAGAUCAAGAACAAUACAAUCAGGAAGUAGUAGAGCUAUACUAUCAGCAAAGUGAACCUGUUAACUUGGAGUAGGGGUAGUAAAGCUUUCAUAAAUUUGCUUUACUGAGAUUCCACAAGAAAUAGGACUCAGUUAAAUACUACUAAGCCCACAAGGACCUCAAGAUAUUAUUUGAUAAGCAAAUUGCUACUUUAGUCCAAAUGAAAAAUUCUAAAGACAAGUCAGGUGAAAUACCAAUUGAACUUGGACAGUAUGUAUAUGAUCUUUUUCUAACAAAGCUUUUUGAAAGUGAUGAUGGUCGCUUAACCUUCCUUUUGAAUUCAGGUCUUUCCUAAAACUACAGUAUUUAAUAACUAACUUAGCAAAUAAAGUAACUCAGUGAGUAUUAGUUAGAUACAUACAACUAUAAAUCUAGCCAUGAAUACCAUGAGUCAAAGGUAGAGUACCUUGAGAACUCUGAUAAGAUACUACUUGUAAACGGAUCUUAAAUGAAGCUGGUCUCCAGAUAAAAUGGCUAAUUUCUCCUUGAGGAAAACAGCAACUUUGCCCCAUUCCCUCAAAAACCUGAUGAUAAAAUUAGACUUAAGUUAAAAAAUGAGGAAGUUAAGUAUUUACUUCACCAUCUUGAUUGGACAUAGUUUAGGCCUGAAGUAUUUGAUUCUAUAGCUGACUUUAUCUAAGCUAUUACUUUAAAUAGCGAUAAGACCCAUGUCAAAAUAUCAUAUAUGACUGCUUUGGUAGUCAUUAAGAGCAUGAUAAAUGUAGCCAUUAAUUAAUAUGAAAGUCUUGAACACUAACUUGAAGAUUUCUAAGAUUCUCAAAUCUUAAGCAAAUCUAAGAGCAAGGGUCCAUUAGAAAUUAAACCUGCUCAUAACAAUGAAAUGGAUGUAUGCUUCAAAAACCCACCUCUAUCAAUCAUUGAUGUUCAUCAAUUACUUUCCAUUCUUUUAGGACUUGAAGACCAACUCUGGGCUUUGACUUAAUCUGAUCAAGUUUCAUCUUCACUUAAAAAUCUUUGGCUUAAUUCUCCGUCUGGUUGCUCCAGACUCCAUACAGCCUAUGGUAGAUUAUCCUCCCUAAUCACAUUUCCAUCAACUGCAGAAUCAUAAUACGAUUAAGCGUACCUCUCUGAUCUGGGUCUGUUUAACCAAGAGGACAAGUAUGGUAAACUGACCUUUUUCCAAGACUUCAAAGUUGAGCUUGAGAAUAUUUUUGAAAAGGCUUCUCAUAAUAUUGAUAGCUAGCAUGAUUUAAGAGCUGCUAUCGAGCAUCAAUUUCCCUCAAACUUGAUGCUAAAAGGUUUCCCAAGCUAUAAUGUUCCGCUCUCUGAUACAUUUAAUUGCAUGCCACCUGUAACAAAUGAAAAUAAUCUCCCGCUUAGCCACAAAAAUCAUUAGAAUGUUGACUACUUGAAGAAAAUAUAAGGGUCAAGCAUGAUCUUGUCAGGAGGUAAUGAUGGGUCAAUGAAUAUUUGGAAUACAAAAUUGAGACUAUAGCACCUUGGUGGUCAUAACUUCAGACAGAAGCUAUAUACAGAAGAUCAGAUAGAUCCAGUUUCACUUGGAUCAAUUUCAAGUCAAUCGAGUUAACUGUAAUAGAUCAAUCCUCAUUCUGAAGAAGAUAAGAAAGUUGCCUAAGAAGAUGUCAAGAUCAUUAUAAAAAAGAUCAAGAAUGUUAAAACUGUGCCUUAAAAAGAAUAAGCGAAGGAAGACUUUCUAGGUGAAGAUAUUCUCUUCACGAUGUUUAAUGAAGCUGAAGAUGCUGAGGAUAUUGGUGAAGAAAUUUCAUCAGAAGAAGAACAAGAAAACUUAAACAUACUAGAAUAUAUCUUGGAUUAUUAAGAAAUUUCUCAGCCCGAAACAUCUCAAGGCUAAAAGUAAGAAAAAGUUGUCGAAGAGGAAAAGAAGGAAGAAGCAAAACAGAAAGAGAAAGCAACAUAAGAAGUGGUAGAAGAAGAAAAGCAAGUUGAGCCAGCAGAAGAGUUCUUGAAUGCCUUGAUUUCAAUGGGAUUCCCAAUCGAUAUAUCAAAAGAAGCCUUAAUCAAAAUCAAGAAUGAAAGUCUUUCAGCUGCAUUGGAUAUUAUACCCGAGAUCCAGUCAGCAAGAGAAAAAAACAAGAAACCAGAGAAUUUCAAGGUCAAGAUCAUAAGCUACCAGUGCAGUGUAUGCACCUAUAUUAAUCCAGAGGGCAAAGGCAUCUGUGAUGUUUGUGGGCAAAUCGCUCCAUAGCAUGCUUAUGUCCAGUAUAAAUCAGAAGAAGAUAUCAAAUAGGAAGAAGAAGAAGCUAUCAGACAGGUUCUUUAAUAAGAAGAAGCUUUUAAGAAGGAGAAGGAAGAAAGAGAGAGGAAAGAGAGUGAAGAAAAAGCAAAGAAGGAAUAAGAAGAAGAAAAGAAAAGGAUUAAAGAUGAAUAAAGGUAGAGAACAAAAGAGUAUCAUGAGCAAACAUUGGUUGUUGACUAUGUCUUCUCACAAGUAAAUCAUGGAAAAGAUACAAAGCCACUUAUCGCUGGAGUUGUACUUAAGAAUAAUUUAGACUCAACUCAUGAAAUAUAAAUCUAGAGAUUCGGUUAUCACAAUCAAUACCUAAAGAACUUUGUUGGUUCCUAAGGAAGAUAUGCUUGUAAAGUAUGUGAUAUCCCCUAUAAAAGCCAUGAUCUAGCCUUAGAUCAUCUUUUCAAUUUCCAUAAGGAUUUAAUAGAGGCUCUCUACCCAGUAUUUAUUGGUUCUCAGCUAGUUGAUCCAAAGUGGGAUAUGAGAACAAAUAGAUUGGCCUUUUAAGCUUUUAAGAAUGAUUUCCUAGCUAGAAUCAUUAUUCCAUUAGCUGAAAUGGAUUCAUUAUGCCAGAUUGGCGCUAAUCUUACAUCAGGUCAGAGUAUUUACUUAAUUGCUGUUGGCAGAAAAAAUUAAGAUUCAAUCACUCAGGUAAUUGUUUAUAGAAUAGACCUCGAGAAUGGUGAUAUUAAGAUCUAAGUCUUAAGUGAUGAUUCCUAAGUAUUUAAACAAGUUGGAAUCGACUCAUCCAUAACGAAUUUAUACUAUGAUUAAAAGGCUGAUAGGUUAGUAGUUGAGACUGCUGAUCAUUAUCUUAGAGUCUAUGAUAUUGAUAGGAAUGAAAAAUCCUUACACCUACUGAAAUUCGAUACAAUGAUUUUAUCCUAAGAAGAAAGAGUUCUCUCAGUUGAUAAUGGAUUAAUAUUUAUUGAUAAAGAUGGAUAAAAAGUAAAGAGAUAUCUUAUCUCUGAUUUACUAAUUCAGCAAGCUAAGAAAAGAUAAAGAGAUUCAAGCAAUCACUCAUCUAAUCAAUUGAGUGAGAAUCUGACUGAAAAUUAGAUUCUUGACAUGAGAGUAGAUCCCAACGAUAUCACAAUAGAUGAUAUAAAGCGAUACUAAAGACUUAUGAAUGGAAAGUCAAUCAAAGCUCAAUCAAACGCCUAAAGUGUCAGAGGUGAUUCUAAGGAUUAAUCAUUAUUAUACACCUAGCAUCAUUGGAUUAUCAAUAAAGACAAUGAAUCAGGUCCAUUUGAGAUGGAGUUUGAAUACCCGACAAGCCUCAUCUCAUUGAACAUUGAUCUUGUUUUCAACUGUAAUCUUCAACAAAAAAUCCUCUCACCUAUCAAUUCAGAGGAUCAAAUUUAACAAAUACAAAACGAAGGAGAUCAAUUACAAAUCGAUACAUCUUUGAACAAUAAGCUAGUCUAAUCAAACAGUCAAGAAUAUAAAAAUAUCCAAAAUCUAGGGCUCCUUAGUAUCCAUGGAUCAACUUAGGAAUAAUCAGUUCAAAAGCAUCAAGAGAUUAGUACUGAUACAGAUACAUCCAGCAAUUAUCUACCACUGGUAAUCAAUCAUCACAAAGGAGCUUCUUAUAAUCAACAAUAUCAAGUAUGCAGACUAGUAACAGACAAUCAACUAAUUUUUGCAAGUAAUUACCCUAAACCCGAGUUUUACUUCAAGCAUCUGCACGGCCACAAGAUGACAAUAGAAAAAUUCACAAUAAGGUCGAGUCUUAACUCAAAGUGUGGAGCGUAUCCAGUCGGUUCUGGCUUAAUAUUCGUCUCUGAUUACCUAUCGGCAUUCGAAUUGACUAAGCCAUUCCACAAAUUCACCCUAUAAGAUUAUAAUGAGUGGAAAGAAAAGAGACUCAAAGAUCCUACACCAAUUAAGCCCUAUGAACCAGCUGCUUACUUUGAAUUCGAAAAUGAGUCAGUAACGAAGGUCGAGAUUGACUUCCAAAGACAGUGCAAAUAUAUAAUGCUUAAACCUAUUGGCUUAAGGAAAAAGCCUACUACUUUCACUCAAAGUGUAAACACUGUUCCAAUGGAGCUUGAAUUCUUUGGAGUUCAAGGAUCAUCUUUUGAGGAUGUCAACGGCAACUCAGCUCAAGAGUUUGAGCAAGAGACAUAACUUAACUAAAAUAAAAUUCAAAGCUCGUACGGCCUAGAAUUCAACAUCCUAAAUGAAGAUUAUAUCUUAAAAACAAUAGACUAGAUCGAUAUUCAAAAUGUCCAAGCAGGAGAGAUUAUACUUAGUCAGUAAUUGCUUCAGAAUAGUAAAUUGAAUCCUUAUGUGAAGUUGGUUGGAAAAACUCAACUGAAAAUAACCGAUUCUCAUCUCUAGCUAUAAGACAUUAAAGGAUUAUCUCUAAAGAUAAAGAAUAAUUCAGUUGACAAUGCCUGGGAGCUAAGAGGAAUAUCUAUCUAGGGAAUUGUAGCUGAAUAGGAUCAAGACUAGAAAUUCUCAGCAAGAGCUCUCUUUAAUCAAUCACAAAUUCCCCUUUCAUAUAUGAGAUCUUGUCUCCUAUCACCUAAGUACUUCAAUGUUGUGAAUAAGACCUUAGCCUAAAUUGUAUCCUCCUCAGAGCAUUAAUUACAACUCAGACUAACUAUUAUCCAGUUUUUGAACAAGAUUAUGAAACUUGAUAGAGAAUUCACCAAUCUUAUUCUGCAAGAAAUUGAUCUUGAAAGCUUCUUAAAGUUUAACCUUUUCAAUGGAGAGAGCAGUGGAGUUCACUUGACUAUAGAGUUCCUACAGAAUUUCUAGAGAAAUGUCAAUUUCUGCUAAGAACUAUACAGAAUUCUUACAAGCUAAGUGGAGUAACUAGAUGAAAACUUUAUUCCUUAUAAUGGAUAUGAGGCAUUGAUUGGAUUAAUAAUUUGGUCUAUACCCAUCAAUCCAGAGUAGACUACAGCCACAUUGAUGAAAACACUCUACUAGAAGAUAUGUCUCCAAAAGAUAAGUCAACUACAAACACCUGAGUAUAUAAAUUUCAGAUCAAAGCACAGUUCAAAUCAAUUCCCCUUUGAUUAACUCUCCUUCAGAAUAACUAAGUCAGGAUUGAGUCAUCCUAAUAUAAGGAGAGAAUCAAUCGACUAAUCUCAUUAGAUUGUGCCAUAAGAAUCAUCCAACAAGAUUAUUCUUCCAGUGGAUUGCAUUAAAAAAUUCAAAUUUGACACCCAUCAUAUAUAUGAUAUCACAUUCUUAGAAGAGACUAUUAUGACAGACUUAAAGAUAUUCUUGGGCCAAGUUGAAUAAACUCAGUUCAAGCUUAUUAUAAAGAUUUUGAGUGAUGAUGGAAGCCUAGUUUUCUUCAAUACAUUUGAUGAGCAAAUUUUCGCAUAAUUCGCAACAAUGGCAUAUCAAAAGAGUGCUAAUUAAGGAUCUAAUCCCUCUGAUGAUGGACUUCAUUUGACUGGACUUGAUUUUAGAGGAAAGUCCCUCAAAGUUAUCAUUCAAUUCGGAGUUUCAAACAAUUCACUUCCUAUUCAGAUAAAAGUUAAACCACCUGAUUCAAUGAUUGAAAUUUAUGGGUCAUACUCUGAUAUGAUUCAUAGCUAAUUAAAGAUCAAAGAGAUGAUUGACAAAAAAGCAUAAGAAUUCUGGGCUAAUGGAGGUAAACUAGUAAAGGUCGGUAAAUCUAUGCAAGUUAUACAAAUCACUAAAACUAUUGAGGAGUCUUGGAUUGUACCUCAAGUGUCUUCAAUAUCUACAUUCAACUUAUCUAAGGACUCUUCUGCCAUUCAACCAUCUUAAUCAUAAGAAUAGAAGUCAUAAUUGCAAAUAUCUCAUUUAGCAGCAUCAAAGAAUAUUGAACUUGACUUCUUGCAAGAGGAGUUAAAAGGAAAGAUAAGAGCAAACGACAAUAAUGUUAAGGAAAUAGUUGACAAGAUUCAGUAAAUCCUGCAUCAUCACUCAUCAUAAAUCUCUGAUAAGAAUGACUAAAAGCUUGUUUAAUCACUUGAGUACUAUAUGGUGAUCUCAACUGAUUUCACUAAGAUCAUUAAAAAUAUCUUCAAAUCUAAACUUUUAUCUCAGGAAAAGUUAGAGUCAAUUAUAAGAUCUUGUGAUAAUGAAAGAGAUCUCUCAAAUAUGUGCUUCUAACUAUUUAAGAGAUACGUUGUCUUUGAUUAAGGUCAUAUCAGAUCUGACAUGUAAAACUUUAUUAUGCACUGCCUUUAUCCACUUAUGACUAAUGAGGAAAUUAGAUCAUUUUCAUUUAAAGCAAUAGAAGAAUUCUUGUCAUAAGCUCAUUCAACAUUUUCCUAGAGAUCUGUUUUAGAAUCACUUACAUUCCUUGGUAUUCCAGAAGGUGAACUUGUUUCAUUCCUUGUUACAAGAUUAGGUGUAAAUACACACAUAGACUCCAAAGCUUAAUAAAACUAUGUAAAAGACUUAAAACUUCAGCCUUUCGUAUUCACAUCAUCAGUAUUGAUCCUUGUCUUGAACUAAAUUAAGUAAAUUAGAGUUCCUCAACCUGGCUAAGCCUAUCAUAAAAGUGUAUCAUGCUCUGGAUGCAACUCAAAAAUUAUAAUUGGAUGGAGAUACAAGUGUGGUAAUUGCCCACAUGACGCAAACUUUGACGAGUAAUGCGUGGAAAAGCAUCUUUAAGAGUACCCUGACCAUGUAAUGAUCAUCAUCAAAAACUAGCUGCCUGAGCUUCUUAAGAAUAUUAACGGCUAGAAGCUAAACAGGCAAAGGAUUUAAGAGCCUCUUUUACCCACAAUGCAGUUUAAACCAUAGUAAGAAGUAUUAGUACAUGAAAGCUAAUCUUGUGAGAACUGUGGAUAGAAGCCUAUCUAAGGAUACCUAUACAAGUGUGUAAAUUGCGAGGAAUAUAACCUAUGCAGGGCUUGCUAUAAUAACCCAAAGCUUACUCACUACAAUAAUCAUGUUUUCGCUGAGAUGAGAAGAGCCAUUAUUGAAGUUGAAAAGAAUCCGACAAGUCUUAUAUAGCUACUAGAUCUGAGACUUUACCCUUCAACAUAUAGACCUCAAAAUGAGGAAUCUCCACUAAAGAAAGAAAAGAAUCAAGUUGAGAUACUUGAUAUCCAGGAUGAUAAUGAUGACGAUGACUUCGAAGAUCUUGCACCUCUAAAUAUCUCUAGAUCUUUCUCUCAACCAAUGCCGCUUAAGAAAAUCUAAAAGCCUCAAUAGAUUAUUCAGUAAAGCACCUAGAUUUAUGAGAAGCUAGACUAUGAUCAGUAAUUCAUCACCCUGUUUAAAGUAUGUGUAUGGAUCUCAUAAGAUGUGCAAAAAAUCUUCUCCAAAGAGGAAAAGAUCGUCCUGCUAAAGCUGAAUAUUGACACAAUGCUUCAACUCAUUAAACUUGCCCAUGUAAAGCAUAUUUAUGAAGUGAUAAGCGAUAAGAAUGCUUUCUUCCAAAUACUUGUUAGCAUUCUGCACCUAAACUCUAAGGAUCUCAUAAAUCUGUUCAAGAACCUAUUUGAAUUGAUUAGAUAGAUGACCUCUCAAUUAAAGACCAUUAAUAGCGAGGAUCAAGGAUAGAUAAGUCAAGAAAAAAAGCAAAAGGAUCUUGAAGAUCAGAAGACUUCUAAGGCUUUACUAGAGAUCAUGGUCUCGCAUUUGCAAAACUUCCUUAAAUGGAUGAUCGAUUUGGGACUUCAACCAGACCUUGCCAAGCUUUAGUCUCAAUAAAGCCAUGAAUCCUGGGCUCUAUUGUUAAAGAGCUAUCAGAACCAAAGAGUUUGGCUUGAGCAUCUUACUCUUAUUGUUGAUAUGUUCAUCAAGUCAUCUGAUGAGUCCAAGCAAUUUAAGAGGUAAGAGUUGCUAGCAAAUGCUAAGAAAUUAGGUAAUUAGCUCGAAAAGAUCCCUGAGGAUUCUUAAGAGUAUGAAGAUGAAGAUAUGAAUGACCUCGUUCCAUUAUCAGUGGCUAGAUCAAUCAGUGUUCCACUAAAGAACUAAUAAAUUCAUCAGUAGGCUUAACAAUCAUAGAAUGUCUCACUUCAAAUUAUCAAGAAUCUGGUUCAGCUGUUAUACAUCAAUGACAAUCAGACAGGCUAGAUUUACCAAUAAUCACCAAUGAAGAGGGAUUUAAAGCAGCAAGUUAGCCACUUCAAGGAAUCAGAGACUCAGACAAAGUAUCUAUCACAGAUGUGGUCACUAGUGCUCAAAUCUUUGACCUCAGUGAGCAUCAAUCAUCUCAUUGAAGCUAGAAUUUUCGACUCUCUUGUCAACGCUUUCCUCAUAUCAACUGAAGAAAUCAAGCAAAUUACAUUCCCUCAGAUAUUAUCAAUUACUGAGACCAUCGCAAAGCAGUCUACCAACAGCAGUGAAAUUAGUAAAUUCAUAUGCAAUUUGCUGUUCAUAACUCUUGAGAAUGUGACAGGCAAUCAUCAUGAAAAAGUUGGCUAUUCAAUUUGCCAGGGAUGGCUUGAUAUCCUCAUCUCAUCCUCCAUUUCCAGACAAGGUACCUAUGAAUCUACUAAUACAGUCUUUGCUAAAAUGAGCAAUGACGAGAUAUCAGUAUUCUUGAAGAAGUCAUCACUCUAUUUGAACCAAUACUUGAAUAAAGGUAGCUUUGAAGGAGCUACUGGUUCAAACACUGAAAUUAUGAUGAGACUUAACAUCGCAACAGAUUUGAUAUAUGUAGUCAGAUUCGCUGAAUCAAGGGAUUAAGAAGGAAGCUUAGCUAUCUAAGAAUUAUUCAAGAGUAUUUCAGAUAAUCAAAAGAUUAAGAAAGAUUUCUAAGAUAGCUUUAACUAUUUGAUAACCUGGUUAUUCUUAAAUGCAAGAUAAGCGUAGGAUGAUGCAAUGUUUUCUUAACUAGGAAAUGCAUCGCUUCUAACCCCAGCAACAUCAAAGGUGAAGUAAAUAACUCAAUACAUCGAGGAGAUAUUCUAUCUAUUAGGAGAUAGCGGAGAGGAGAGUGAACUAGCUGUGAAACUGGCAUUACAAUCAUUAACAUCAAUUGUCAAACAGCUAAACAAGAACUUGAUUGAUUUGUCAUCAGCUCAAUCAAUUGGGUAUGAGCUUUCAGUGAAGCUGAGUGAAAGAUCGAAUGAAUACUUUGUGAUCCUGCUUAAUAGUUGGCUAGUGAAUGAUAGUAUUGCAAGCUAUUUUGUAUUCGAUCUAAACGGAUUUGAAUUCCUCUUAGACACAAUUGGAGUUGGUUAAGAUGACUAGUAAUCAAAGAACCAGAAUGCUAGUUUAGAAUUUGAACUUAUCGACCAUGGAGAUAAUGAAUCAAACUAGAUUCAGCAAAUCAACGGUGUUGAUGUUAAAUAAAGUUCAUUAGUAUCUUCUUUGGCUGGGGAAACUAGACUACUCUCACUUUAAGGAUCUGAUUUGGCAGAGUAUCUAGAGUCUAGUCUUUAAGAAUUCUCAAAAGAUUCUAAAGCUGCCAACACAUCACUACAGACUUCUAGCUCAAGCAUAGCUGUCUUUGAUAAAACCAGUCCUAUAUAUCUUUAAGAAUUCACCAAAAGCAUUUCAAUGGUUGAAAAUAACGGAGGGGAUCAAGUGGCUUAGUACCAAAAGUCUGAUUGGGCCUCAAAUAAAAAGGCAUACAAACAUAGAGUAGUUGUCAAACAAUUGACUGGCCAUCUCAGAAGUGAAUACUGGAUUCUGUUCCAACUACCAAAUGAAAUUGAACUCAGAGAAAUAUAAAUCGCCUUCAAUAAUUACUGGGGUGCUGAAAAUGAAGUUUAUGCUGAACCAUUAUCAGUCCUUGUUGAAGCAGGAAUGGACGAGAACAAUCUAACUAUGGUUUGCAAUUUGCAGAUUAUAAAGGAUGAUGCCUUUGGAAGUGUGAGUGCUACUGUAUUUGGCUAAAAUCUUCUCACCUAUCAGUAAACAAACUUUGACUUUAAUUCCUAAAAUAUAUCAGACCUUAUUACCCAAAAACUUUCAUCUAUUCAGAACUUCAAAAUAAAGUACAUAAAAUUCUGUAUGAGAAGACACAUUUUAAGUUGCCUUGAAAAUAGUCCCUUAGCGUAAAAAUUCACUAAGUAGCCAGCAUUUGGUAUAAAUUACAUCUCCCUGCUUGGCUAUGAUUUGACAAAGAUUGGUGACUAUGUCUCCUAUAUCAAACAAGAACAAAAGAAGACUGCACUUGAAGUGCUUUCUAUUAUCUGCUCGGCAGAUUUCUCAAACAUUCUCAAGGUUAUUGCCAAUUAGCCUUAGACUAUUGAGAAAAUGAAGAAAUCGUUCACUCUCUUGGCAUCAUUAGUAUCUAUCAAGCAGAAUUUGAUAGAACCAACCUUUAUUGCAAUCUCAACACACAAUAAUGAAAUGGGCGACUGGAUUAUCAACCAAAUUCUUAAGAGUGGAAGCAUCUUCAAGCAGGCUGCUCUUGUUGGGUAGAUAGUCAUAUGCAAUAAAUUAGAACUACCAAGAAGACUCAAACUGCUAUAAGAUCAUGUAAUGUCUCAACUGAGGCAGAUAGUUUAAGAAUAGAGAUCUACUCAUGGCACUAAAAUCAAGAAGCUUUUGCCAUUCAUUCAGAUAUUUAUUGAAACUCUGAGAAUAGCAGCCCCAGAUCUUGAAAGCCAUCAUUAGAGUCAAAGUAUUGACAUUUAAAUAAAGGAAUCUUACCUCAUUGAUAUUUUGAAUCUCCUAAGUGCAGCUACUCAAGAAAGAGAAGCCUAAACUAAAACUUUGACUUAGCUACUGACCUUAUUACUUUGCCCACCUAAACCAUUCAUCAAUUCAAGUAUCGACAUCUAUGAGUUCGCUAUUAAGCAUUUGCUUGAAGAUGUUGAUUCAUAGAUUCCAGCAGAAGGUUUAGAGCUUUAAAUGCAAAAGGAAAAUUUAGCUAGUAUUUUGAGUGUAACCAAGAGACUAAUUGCUAAAGAAAUCUUAUAGAGAGGAGUGAAACUUGAUAAAUUGCUCCAAGAAAAGCAAGGUGUAUCAGUUGAGGAUGAAAGUGCUCAGAAUCUGCCACUUUAGCAUGCGAUUAAAUUCUGGAUAAAUGUUUCAUAUGAUCAGGAAGUUAAGAAUAGUCUAGCUUCAGAUAAGAUACCCCUUAAGAUCUAUGAGAUCAUAAGGUAAACUGAUCCAGUUCAGAACUAAAAGAUAGUUCGAAAGGAUUCAUUUAUUGGUGAAUAGGAGUUAAAUCUCAUGAUUGAAUUGAUAAAGUAACUCACAGCUGGAAUUCCAAAGUUAGAGAGUGAGCUAGCUACAGUAUUAAUGUAGGACCUAGAGCAUCUGAGUAAAAUCAGAGAUAUGAACUUUGUUAACAAGGUAUUUUUGUAACUACUAAGAAUUGAAAAGACUGUUCCAGUGUGUCUCUGGCCCUAUGAUAGUGAUAACAAAAAAUGGAUACCAGGUUACAAGCCAGUUAAUGCUUCAGAGAAGAGUUCUCAGCUUCAACUAUCGCAUAAUAACAAUUUCGUCCCAAGUCAAUGCCUUAAAGGUGAGAAGAGAUCUGCUUUUAUCAAGAACUUUAAGGAAUAUGUGGGAUUACAGUCAAAAUCAACAGUCAAGAAAUUGCUAACUUCAAACUGGACUUUAGUUCACAGUUAAACAGAAUAAGGUUAGGUCUCACAGUUCUCUGGAUUCUGGAAAUCCAUCGAGAAUAAAGCUCCAGUAGUCAUUCUUAUUCAAACUACAACUUCCUCAGGCAAUGAUGUGACAUUUGGAUGCUUUAGUACAAAGGGUAUUCCAGCAAUGCCAUCCAGUUUGACAUAAGAUUCAGAUUACCCAGUAUCAGCCAGCCCAGAGGACUUUGUAUUCUGCUACAUUGACGACAAGAGUUUCCACCACUUUAGUCCAAAGUAAGGAGUGCCUAUAAUUUCCAUGUUUACAGACUAUGAAGGAGGUGGCGCCAUCUCAGUAGCUAAUGAUUUCAUGCUAAUGUCCUACAGUUAUGACUUCGUUUUUACGACUGGAGUUGUUUAUGAUAUCAAUAGUAUACUUGUAGAAAGCAACCCUAAGCCUGAGAAAGAGCUCUAGGAUAAUGGGCAAACUAGUCUAGUCAGAUUUGAAAUCUGGAGUAUUGAUAACACUGCCGCUGCUAAAGCUUCAUCAUAACCUGCUGCUUCAGCUGGUGCUUCAAGUACUGUAGCUUUGAUUCCUCCAGUAAUUUAAACAUCUAAAAUUGCCUAAAAAGCUGGUGACUCUGGAGAUAUCGUCAUGCAAUCAGCUCAUACCCAUGAAAUAAAGCAUGCUUGGUUUAAUCACCAAAAUCCAUAUUGCAACUUCAGAACCAAUCCAAUAUUUAUGGUACCAGAACAUCUUUCACUAACUUAACUAUCAACGAUAAUGCUUCAAUCUAAUGUCAACUUCAAACUUAGAUUCCCAUCUACCACUAAUUCAAAUGAAUCUCUUGCAGAUCUCUACAAACUCAUUCAAAGUGAUGAGGCACUCUAUGAAUCUUCAAAUGGAAUACUAGAUCUUGAAUAUGAAGUCAACUAGCUCCUCAAUAUUGGAGAAGACUAGAAGGAGGAUGAGGUUUUAACAGAAGGAGAACAAGUCUAAUUAGUAGUGUCAGGAUAUGUACCUAAGAUGGGCUUGUUUGAAGAAUUUGAAAACAAAGGUGGAGUAAAAGCAAUCAUUUCAGUUACUCUUCAGUCAAUGAGACUCUGGAAAACAGAGGUUCAGGCCUAGAGUUGGGAGCUAUGGCUAAAGGAGCUAGAGUCAUUCUCUGAGAUUCCUCUAUUCUUCCAGUUAUUCCUCAAGAAUUCUAAGUGCAAGGACUUGCUAUUUAAAGUCUUAGCAGGAUAGCCAGAUCAAGAGAUCAGAGCUGCCACCUCAACUGAUAACUCUGUUCAAACUAAAUGGGACGAAGAGCAGAAAGCUGCAGUUUAGUUUAAUUAUAAGAUUCUCUCAGAGGCAUUCUCCAUAUCUGAUGAUCUUAAAUUAAGAGAUAUUGGUGUCAAAUGCGGACUUUUGCCCACCAUACUUGAAAGACUCGGAGCAGUCAGUGGUGAAAAGCCAAGAGUCUAUGAAGAAGUAACAGAGGAGAAAAAAGAAGAAGAAUAGAAGCAAGAAAUGAUUCAACAGCAAGAAUCCAGUCAAUAGGAAAAGAACAUUGACAGAAAGAAGCGUAAAGGUGUUGGUUACUCUAGCAAAGUUGGCUAGACUUUCAAUGUAACAUAGUACUUAGAGAACAAGAAACUCAGAAAUGACUAGAUAAAGAACUUAGUAGAUAUCUGCAGCAAUUUCAUUAACUGUAAAGAAUGGAAAGCAGGUGAAGAGGUCCUAGAGAUAAUACUUGAAAGUGCCUUGAUGCCUCUACUUGAGUCAGCUUUCAGAAAUGGUUCAUGGCUAGAUAUGGCAAAAGAGUAUGAAGUUUAUCACUCCUAUUUAGCAUUGACAAGAGCAAUCGCCACUCAACCGAACUUGGUGAAAUGUCUAUCUGAAAUAGACCAAAAUUAUAAGCCAUCAUAAACUGAUCCAAUAUACAGAUUACUUGCAAAGUUGAAUGACCUAGCUGAGAUUUUCAUCAACUGCUUGAACUAGCAACAAAAAUCAGACCAAAUUCGCAAGGACAUAUCUAUUAAAAAUGAAAGCAAUACUCUAACUAAGGAAUAAGAAGAGAAUAAGGAAAUGCAUAUUGAGCCACUGUUAACUCCACCUAAUAUGAAAUUCUAUCAAACUCCCAUUUUCUAAGGCCUGAUUAACCCUAACUUGCAACCUCUGAAGCUAAGUCUAAAUAAUCAUAUUCAAAAUAAGUUCUAAAAUCUUCCCCCGACUCUCAAAAACUUCGUCAAUGAAUUUUUACAACCAGAAGAAGAGGAAGAAAAAAUAGAUACAGACACAUUGUUGAUUGCUAGUUAUAAAAACAAACUUGAUGAUCCUCCAAUUUACAACAUCCCAAUGCCAGAAUUUACUUAGUAAAAGAUGCUUUAGAUUUAGCAGCCUUUAACUUUAGCUAAUCCAUUCAGCCUCCCAGACCUUAAUUUGGAUUCAGAGCCUUUUAUUCCUAAAAAACAAUGGUCUAAGGAAACUGCUCCAAUCUUAGAUGUUGAAAUUGAUAAACAAUACCUUGAAUCUAAAGAGGAAAUCAAAGAAACUUAAAGUAUAAAAGAUAUAGAUGCUGGAAUCCCACUGACUCUCACUCAAAUCAUCCAAAAAUACCAGGAUAAAAAUAAAGAGAAGCAGAGUAAAGAGCUGUAUGAUAUGAAUAAAUAGGACAAGUCAAAUAUCUGGCAAGAUUACUUUUUAAAACCUUAGAAAAAUACUAAUAAAGUUUCAAAUAAGUUCAAAUAGAUGUCUCACACUUAUUUAGAGGAAGAUCAAUAUGAUAACUUAAUCAAUGAAGAGGACUACAUGAUGAUGCAUAAUAAUGCUAAUGACUUGAUACCACUUCCUUAAUUCAGUAUGGAAUAACUAGAUUCCAAAUACGAAGCCAAUCUUAAGGACUUUAUAAUAUAGCCACCAUUGAUUAUAUCUUAGUAAGAGAUUGACAAGCUCGAGAAAGACUUUAUUAUUAAGCAUUCCUCUAAUCAAUAAGAGUAAAUGGAGGAAGAAAAAGAUAAGUAAUCGAAAUCAUCAUCAGGUUUCUAGACAAUAUAUGAUAGUUGUCAAUCCUCAGAAAACUAAGAGAAGAUGGUGCAUCCUCCCACUAAAUAUAAAAUGAGCUCCAAAAUCUAGGGAAAUAAGGGUAUCAAUAAUAAAUUGUUAAAGAUCAAGCAUUUAACAUAUGGCCUUCAUAAUGCAAAAGCAGCAAUCAAAUCUGGCAAACUGAAGAAAUUAAAGAAGGACAAGACAAAAACCCUCUCUAAAACUCCUGCUUUUAAAUCAUUCCUUCCAUAUAAAGAUGCUUACCCCAAUGAUUCAUCGUCUGAAUCAGAGUAAUAAGAUGACUAUGAUGACGAAUAUGAUUCUAGUUCAGAUGAGAAACACUCUGGACAUUAUCCUCACAGUUCAGAGGAUGACGAAGAUCAACUGAUCAAAGCUAAAAUUUAACUAAACAAGAAAAUAAAGGAGGCAAAAUCAAAAGCCAAAGGUUAAAGUCUAGCGAAAAAGUUCUUCCUUAAGUAGCAGGAUUCAGACUUUAACUCAAGCAGCUAUGGAGAAGAAGAUUCAAUGAAAAGUGACAGUAACAGCAGUGAUGUAACUAAAAAUGGCGCCCCUCAAGCAUUUAAUCAUCAUGAAGACAUGGACUCACCAUCCCAAUAGCUAGAAAACAAUUUCAACUCGAGUGAAUACGAUGAUGAAGAUGAUGUAUCUGAUGUGAUAGUUUAGUCACAAGCUAAUUAAGAGCACUAAUAGAUUGAACAAAUGGAUUCCGAAAUACCAGAGAACUUGGCCAAGGAUGUUAUCAAGACUUAUAAAAUAGUACAGGCUGCAAUAUCUAAGCAUCUCAAAUAACACAAGGAUGAGAAUUAUGUCGAGAAUGCUCUGAAUUUGCCACUUGCAUAAUCAUACAAAACUUUACUUCAAGAUUUGAGAUUCGAUUACAUGGAUAUGAAGGAUCCAACUGAUACUACUGGUGCAAAUUACAAACAUCAUUAUAACACUAUCGCUUCACAAAAUCAAAAUCCUCCUCCAUCGAAGAUGGUUAGACUUGCUUAAGAACUUGCAGAUUUAUCUAAUGCCCUACCCUAUGAAAAUACUAAUGCUAUAUUUGUUAGAGUAGAUCAGCAAAGAGUUGAUCUAAUGAAAGCACUAAUCUGUGGUGCUUCAAACACACCUUAUGCUCAUGGAUGCUAUGAAUUCGAUAUAUUCUGUGACAACAACUAUCCAAGAGAGCCACCUAAGAUGAAUCUUAUAACUACUGGUACCGGAAGUGUAAGAUUCAAUCCAAAUUUGUAUGCUUGUGGAAAAGUUUGUUUAAGUUUGUUGGGAACUUGGAGAGGUUCUGCAACUGAGAACUGGGAUGUCAAGCUUUCAACAAUUCUUCAGGUACUUCUUUCAACUCAAGCCAUCAUCAUGUCUGAAGAAGUAUACUUUAAUGAACCUGGCUUCGAAAAUGAGGCUGGUACUCCUGAGGGAGAGAAAAAGAAUGAGGGUUAUCAGAAUAUAGUAAGGUAUUGUAACAUCAAGUUUGCUAUGAUUGAGCAAAUUAAGAGACCGUCUAAAGGCUUUGAAUCAGCAAUCAAGAGGCAUUUCUAUAUUAAGAAGACUGAAAUCUUAAAGGAGGUUCAUUAAUGGGUUUCAUAAGCUGAAAAAAAUGAAGCCACAUAUAGUGGUUUGGUUAGUGAUCAUAAUUACACAUGGGCAAAUCAGUUCAAAGCUACAAAAACCAAAUACAGAGAAAUGCUUGAAGCUGCUGUUAAGACUUUGGAAGAAGAGUUGAAUAAACUUGAAAGACCUACAGACUAUGAACUCAAAAUUCAGUCAGAUAUGAGAAAGAGAUAGCAGCAAGCAAUCAAGAAAAAGAAGAGGCAAGGUAUUGCUGAGGGCAGAGAAGACCUUGAAGCAAUCGAUGUUGAAUAUGAUGAAGAUCAAGGUGAGACUCAAAUUAACACUCAGCUAGGAAAAGAAAUUAAUAUCGAUGACGAAGCGGUCAAAGAUAGAUGGAGCAGGUACAUAGGUGCUAUGGGAGUUGAAGCAGUUGCUAAGUAAGCAGCUGCCAAUAUUUUCCUUUCUGGAGCAGGAGCCUUAGGUAUUGAAAUUGCUAAGAACUUAGUCUUAUCUGGAUGUAAAUCUUUUACACUCCAUGAUAACAAGCCAAUCUCAAUGAGAGAUCUUAGUGGCUAAUUCUUCAUAAAUCUUGAGGAAGAUAUCCUUAAUGAAAAGAAAAAGAAGAACUCAAGGGCUGAAGCUUGCAUGCCUAGACUUAAGUAACUUAAUCAAUAUGUCAAAUGCUAGCUUGCAGCUAGUACUCCAAUUCCUUUGAACGAAGAAUAAUUGGAAUAAGCUCCUUGGAAUUUCCACAUUAUGGAUGUAGUUAUAUUGACAGAUGCAACUUAUGAUGAAAUUAUUUACGUCAAUGAGUAUUGCAGAAAGAGAGGAAAGAAAUUCAUUUGUGCUGAUGCAUUUGGAGUCUUCACUAGAGUUUUCAACGAUUUCGGUGAUAAGUUUGAAAUUCUUGAUCAAAAUGGAGAAGAACUCUAAGAUGUGAUGAUUAAAUCUAUCUCAAAUGAAGAAGAGGGACUAGUUGAGCUGCUUCAAAAUACUAAACAUAAGUUCUAAGAUGGCGAUGAAGUCCUAUUUUCAGGCAUCUAAGGAAUGAAGUUAAAGGAAGGUGAGAAGCAUGAUGAUGAAGCUUUUAAGAGCGAUUCAAUCAAUGAAACCAUUCACAAAGUCAAAGUGCUGACACCUUAUGCAUUUAGAAUAGGCAAUACUUUGAAAUAUGAAAAGUAUGAGCAUAACGGAAUAGGAAAGCAAUUGAGAACUAAGAAAGUAAUUAGCUUUAAGAGUUUCAAAGAGACAAUGCUUCAAAAGAGUGAUAAUUUAGCAUUCGAUGGUAAUAUGGCCGUCGCUGAUUUUGAAAAGAUGCAAAAUGGAUAAUUAGCUCACAUAGCCUUUGAAGCACUAGACACUUUCAGAAAACAAGAAAAUAAAGUACCAGGUUCUUGGAAUUUAAUCGAUGCAGAGAAAUUCGUAAAUAUUGCCAAAGAAAUUUCAGUAAGAUAUGAACUUAAGCCAGAGGAAUGGAAACAAGACUCAUUUGAACUUAAAUUCUUCUAUCUAUUUUGUUUCACAAAUCAAGGAGUAUUCAAUCCACUCUGCGCUUUCUAAGGUGGAUACAUAGCAUAAGAAUGCAUCAAAGCUAUUACUCAAAAGUUCACUCCCACACAUCAAGCAUUCUAUUAUGAUGCCAUUGAAGUCUUACCUUCAUUUGAUCUGACCAAAGAUCUUAAAGGAGAAGAAGGAAAUGAUGAAAACUACUUCAGUGAGAAAUAUGUCAAAGAAAUCAUUAAGACAUAAGAGAUAAAUCACAGAUCUGAUGGCCUUAGAAUUAUAGUAGGUGCUGAAUUGGUUGAAAAGCUAGCUCAUACCAGACUAUUUAUGGUUGGAGCAGGUGCUAUUGGCUGUGAACUUCUUAAGAACUACGCAAUGCUUGGAGUAGGCACUGGAAAAGCAAAUCAUGCCAAGAAACUUCAAGCUGGUACUAUAAUCCUAACUGAUCCUGAUGUAAUUGAAGUCAGUAAUCUAAACAGGCAGUUCUUAUUCAGAGAGAAACACUUAAGAAAUCCAAAGUCAUCUACUGCUGCAGCUGCUGCUAUUUAAAUGAACAGAGAACUCAAAGAAAAUAUAAUUGCUAGACUUGAUAAAGUUCAUGAAGGAACUAGUCACAUAUACACUGAUCAAUUCUUUGAAGAUUUGAAUGUUGUUACCAAUGCUCUAGACAAUGUCCACGCUCGUAGAUAUAUAGACACAAGAUGUGUUACUGCGAAGACAGCACUCUUAGAAAGUGGUACUCUUGGUCCUAAAGGCCAUGUUCAAGUAGUCCUCCCUUAUCAAACUGAAAGUUAUGGAUCUUAAAAUGAUCCUGAGGACAAUAACGAAAUCCCUCAUUGUACUCUUAAGAUGUUCCCAGAAGAAACACUUCAUUGUGUUGAAUGGGCAAGAGAUAAAUUUGGCAAAAUUUUCACAUAAGUGCCAUAAAACACUAUCAAAAUACUAGAAGAAGGCCAAGGAUUUUAGCCAGUCUCAUAAUAAGAUACAAUGUGCCUUAAAGGAGGUCUCAAAUUCCUUGAGAAAAAGCCUAAAACCUUUGAUGAUUGCAUUGAAUAUGCCAGAAUGAAGUUUGAAAAAUUCUUCAAUCAUGAUGUCAGAUAGUUGCUCCAUGUUUAUCCUCUGGAUGCUAAAACUAAAGAUGGAAAUCUUUUCUGGUCUCUUCCAAAAAGACCACCUGUUCCUAUUGAUUUCAACCCUUUGAACCAAGUACAUACUCUCUUUGUGGUUAGUUUUGCCUUGCUUAGAGCAAAUACAUUCAAACUUGAAAUCCCAUCAAAGACUCCAAGAUCCGAGUAAUUUAGAAAUGAAACAGCCUUAAAAGCAGCUGGUAUUAAAGUUCCAGACUUCAUUCCAAAUGAUGAGAAAGCCAAAGAGAUUUAGGCUUCAGUUUCUAAGUAAAAUAAAGAGGAAGAGAAAAAAGAAAGCGAGGAACAGAAAGUUGAAGAAGAAAAAAUGGAUGCUAACGAUAUUGAAUCUCUAAUGAAAAAAUUCAAUGAUAUAAUCAAAGAUCUACCUACAAAAGAGGGAAAAAUUCAAGUAGAAGGCUUGAUUGCACCAGAGCUCUUUGAAAAGGAUAAUGAUGCCAAUCAUCAUAUUGAUUUCAUUUUUGCCAUGGCUAAUUGCAGAUCUUUUAACUAUAAACUAGAUCCAAUGGACUGGAUCACUGUUAAACUUAAGGCUGGAAGAAUUGUACCAGCUCUUUCAACUACUACUUCUGCAGUAGCAGGAUUAUAAACUCUUGAGCUUGUCAAGCUUCUUAAGAAUUGUAAAAAGACUGAUCAUAGAAAUAUAUUCCUUAAUCUUGCGGUUCCAAUUAUGCAGGCAAGUGAGCCAGGUGAUGUGAUGAAGACCAAACUGACCACUAAUUUGGAGGUGACUCUCUGGGAUAGAUGGGAAAUCAAACUAGGAAAAGAUGUAAAGCUCAAGGAUAUCAUAGAUCACCUGCAAAAGAAAUACUCUGAACUUGAAGUCAGAGAUAUAAUGAGGGGAAGUACUCCACUAUACUUCCAUGCCAUUAUGAAUGCCCCAGGUAAAGAAGCCGAGAGGCAAAAACUUCUUGAUUCUAAGAUCUUUGAGAUAGUGGGGGCUGAUAGUGAUGAGAAAUAUGUAGAUAUAGCUGUGACUUGCAUCAAGGCUGGAGAGGACAAAGAUCAAAUUUUAAGUGGAGUUCCUCCAGUUAGAGUUUACUUUGAGUGA